ACUAUUAGUUUAUUGUUAAAGUAUACGUGAAUAUUUUUUAUUAUUAAGUGGUCAUCUCGAUAUUCGCGAUUAUGUUCAAUACGUACAAUAUUACGAAAAAACGAUGUAUUGUGGACUUAAAGUAGUGUAAAUAAAUGCGGUUUGUUCUAUCUUAGUACAGGAUGGGGAAUACAAGUAAAAAGCUGGCUGCUAAGUGCACACUAUUGACUAAAGAAGAACAGAAGUAUGUAGCGGCUACAUUCAGAGCGGCCAGCAAGAACUCUGAACGGAUACGGGAGGAUGAUCUCAUCGUGAGUGGAAAAGUAGAUGCAGUGUUGCUGGAAAAAUUCUGGGGCCCACAAAUAGAUCCCAGAUUAGCGCAGUACCUCACCAACUUUUUAUUCGGUUCCGGUCAACAAAAGACUGCUACAGUCGACUUUAAUAGAUUUGCAGAACUCUACGUGUAUAAUGUAAGAGGAACUGUUGAUGAAAGAAUGAUGGUGACCUAUAACUGUUUGGGAAUGGAUUACAAUGAAGAAGUGGAACUACCUUAUCAGUUACUAAAAGAGUACUGUGAAAGUAUAGCAUCAACAUACAUAAAAAUGGUGAAAUCAUCAUCAUCUAAACGGGUACGAGUUUGGAUGGAGAAAGGGUUCAGAGCCAGUGCAUCACACGUCCAGGCUCUAGGAGAGGCUGUGACCGCGACUAUUGGAGACUUGGAGUCGCCGCAGCAUCAUUGUACGGCUGCUCAACUAUCUAAAUGGUUGCAGUCAAAUAUCUUGUUAAAACAACUGGCAGAGUUGGUGUAUGUAAAUUUGUAUGGAAUAAAUAAGCGUGGAGGAGACGAGAGUCCUACACCUAUGCCGCCUGCAGCGCCCUCUUUACUGCCUAUACCUGAUGGUCUGGACGCAAUGCCUGAUUACCCUGCCUUUAUCGACAUUUCCCAUAUCGUUUGGAUCAAUAGUCAUCUCCCGCAGAAGUAUCAACAUAAAUGGCGGUUUCUCUUCUCUUCUCAUAUCCAUGGAGAAUCUUUCUCUACUAUGGCAGGUCGUAUAAUAGAGCAAGGACCAUCAGUUGUGAUAAUUGAGGACAGCAGCGGGUAUAUAUUCGGGGGGUUCGCAUCUUGCACGUGGGCAUUCGGCCCCAACUUCACAGGGACUGAUGAGUCCUUCCUCUUCACAGCCGCCCCCAAGAUGCGUAUCUACCCUGCCACUAAUUACAAUGAUCAUUAUCAAUAUAUAAAUCAUCAUACCAAGACUUUACCUAAUGGUUUACUAAUGGGUGGUCAGUUCCACUUUGGGGGUAUCUGGGUGAACGCGGACCCUUUCGGCGAGGGGUCCUCGGCGGAGUCGUGCAGCACUUACAGGGGGUAUCGACGCCUCAGCAAGGACCCCACAUUCCAUAUACGCAGUCUUGAAGUUUGGGGGGUCGGAGAUAAACCUCUCACUGAAAAGGAACAGGAGGAGCGCGAUGUUAGCGUACUGGAUACGAACCCGGAGGCGAAGGCUAUAUUGGACAUGGCGGGCCGCACACGACACAGCGAGGGCAUACGCGAGCCCCCACCGUUAUAAACACUAACUUGUAAGUACUAGUAGUAGUUUAGUCUAUACUUUUGUCAAAAUAAGUCUCUUUUCUGUAACUCUCU